CAGACUGCAGGGGUUCGUCUCACGGCUCCACCCAAUCAUGUGGUCACCGGGCUCCGCCCCUGCCCCAGUUCCUGUUUCGGCCCCAGGGCCUUCUAGACGCGUCUGUAACUGUUCCGGCUGGGUCUGCCUUGCCACCCAGGAUGGGGUCCCGCCCGCGCUUGGGCCGUCCCUUCUUGGGGAUACAAGGCGCCUCGGCCCCUCCUUGACCAUCUGCGCUUGUGGUGUAACUGCUCUCAGGAUGAAGGGCGGCGAGGGGGACACGGGCGAACAGGCCCCGCUGAACCCGGAGGUGGACAGCCCCGCGGGCUCAGCCACGUACCGGGAGUUCGUGCACCGCGGCUACCUGGACCUUAUGGGGGCCAGUCAGCACUCUCUGCGGGCGCUCAGCUGGCGCCGCCUCUACCUCAGCCGGGCUAAGCUCAAAGCCUCCAGCCGCACAUCUGCUCUGCUGUCGGGCUUCGCCAUGGUGGCCAUGGUGGAGGUACAGCUGGAGAACGAUCAUGAAUACCCACCAGGCCUGCUGGUGGCAUUUAGUGCCUGCACCACUGUGUUAGUAGCUGUGCACCUCUUUGCACUGAUGGUCUCCACAUGUCUGCUGCCCCAUAUUGAAGCCGUGAGCAACAUCCACAAUCUCAACUCUGUCCACCAGUCACCACACCAACGACUGCACAGAUAUGUGGAGCUGGCCUGGGGCUUCUCUACUGCCUUGGGUACCUUUCUCUUCCUGGCUGAAGUUGUUCUGGUGGGCUGGGUCAAGUUUGUGCCCAUUGGGGCACCCAUGGACAAACCAGCUCCUGUUGUACCUAUGUCCCAGGUGCCACCUGUGACUGUCUCCCUCAGUUUAGCUUCUAACCUCACACCAUCCUCUGCUUCUAUUACCACAUCACAACAGCCUUCCAAAGCCUGUCCACCCCGGCAAGUGUGUGAUAGUGCUCAUGGACCAGGCUGGCAGGCAGCUAUGGCCUCCACGGCAAUCAUGGUACCUGUGGGACUAGUGUUUAUGGCCUUUGCCCUACAUUUCUACCGAUCCUUGGUUGCCCACAAGACAGACCGCCACAAGCAGGAGCUGGAGGAGCUCAGUCGCCUGCAGGGGGAGCUGCAGGCUGUGUAAGCCUGGCUUUAGACUGUUGCAAGCAUUGCCUCAGAAACCCCAGGGAUCGACAGACCUCCUUCCUUGCCCUAGCCUGGAGCCACCUCCUGUAAGCUCUGAGGUAGAGGCCAAGUUCCUGCCCAACAGCAUCCCACACUCCCAGGGAUGAUCCCUGUCAUCAUGUUCUGGUGGGUUUUGUAAAUUCUCCUCUGCUUGGGGAACUGUUUCAGCCUAAGGGUCCUGGGUAAAAUGAGAGGAAAGGAGGCCCGCCUGCCUUAGUGAGAUCCCUGGUGGCGCUGAGCAGUUGUUUGCUCCUCCAGGAAGGUGACAUGUCUGCACAGCUGUCCUCAAGGCAAUCAGCCCUUGCUUAUCUGUAUAAUCUGCUUUGCGGUUGGCAUCCUGGGAGAGAUUUUACAGGGCUCCUCAGAUGAGCCACUUCACCCUUGGUGACUUGGGGUAGUCUGUUACACUGCCCUAGGCACUGACAGUCUGGCCAGAGCUGGGAGAGGAGGAAGUAUUGACGUGUGGGGGAUUGUGCAGCUACCUUGACAAGGGUUGAUGAGUUGGUAAGGGAGAAGAUUCAGCCCUUAGAAUGCAGAGCUCUUCUUCAGACACUGAUUUUUUCUUUUGUUUUGUUUUUCAAGCCAGAGUUUCACUAUGUCUGUUGCUCUGGCUGUCCUGGAACACUCUCUGUAGACCAGGCUGGCCUUGAGCUCAGAGAUGUACCUGCCUCUGCCUCUGCCUCCCAUGUACAGGGAGUAAAGGCGUGCGCCACCACCGCCUGACACUGAAUUUUUGAUGCACCUUGUUUUGUAAAUAAAGUGUGUCUCACAUA